ACAAAUCCCUGUCUGUCCUGUGAAAGCUAGCCCGAACAGAUGAGAGAACUUGUGUACGAAACGAAUUUGUAUCCAUUCCGUUAGGAUACAAAUCCAUGGAGUUGUUCGUCUCGAAAAACAUACAAACAGAAACUUUACCUGCUCGUAUAAGUUCGCUGGCUGGAGGAUGUCUGAGCUGAGCGAUGAAGCCAGCGAGUCAGAGCAGCUUGGGGCAAGUCUGUCUGUGUGGUUCGGCCACAGCGGGAGCGCCCUGAUCCGGCCGGAGGAGCUCGGAGUGCCGUUGGACCUCCACACCGCCUGCUCCAUCGGACAGUACGACGUGGUGGUGGAGUGUAUUCAGAGAAGGGAUGUAGAUGUGGAUGGGAAGAACCUUGGUGGAUGGACUCCACUGAUGUAUGCAGCGUACAUUGGUCAUGACAACAUCGCUAACCUUCUCCUGGAGUCUGGUGUUAGUGUUAAUGCUAGCACUGCUAAAGGUCUAACACCGCUAAUGCUGGCCGCUAGCUGCGGCAAUGAGAGCAUCGCUUACUUCCUUCUUCAGCAAGGAGCAGAGCUUGAGGGGAAGGAUGGGCGAGGCUGGACAGCCCUUCUGCACAGUACAAGCAACAGACAUCAACAGAUGGUGAAAUUUCUCUUGGAUAACAACGCAAAUGCAAAUAUCAAAGAGCCAGUGUUUGGAUUUACUCCACUGAUGGAGGCUGCAGCAUCAGGCCAUGAAAUCAUUGUCCAGUAUUUGCUUGAUCAUGGAGCUCGAGUUGAGGAGAGGAAUUCUAAGGGUGAGACGGCGAGAGUGUUAGCCAUGACGUACGGCCACACCAAGAUCGCGAGUCUCAUAGACAUGCACUGUAUGAGAGCGAAGCAAGGUAUGUAUGAGGAGUUGAGCUCAUCAGAGGAGGACAGCGCAGCUCCUAGACUGAGAUCGACACGUAGCAGAACCAGAGGGCCCAGCAUACACGAUGGACCACAGGCCAUAGCCCGUUUUAGAGUGGGACCCAAACAUGACUUUCCGUUGGCUCCGCCUGGAUAUGUGACCUUUCGUGAUGUGGGAGAUCAGAAUGAAGGCAUCUGCAACCGUGAUGUCACAUCUCCUAUCAAUGAACUGGAUGGGCAAAGCAACAGUAGUCGAGAUGAGCUAUUCUUCGAUAAUGACAUGCCCACAAUACGGAGCAGCAGCAGCAGUAGUGAAGGUUUGCCACGCCUCCUAGGUCUUAGUAGGGAGGGGUCGCUGGAGAGCAAUGAGGAUUCUGACCAGGCCAAACGGAGCUGCCCCCGACGGCCCAACAAACUUCAUCACUCUAAGGGCAAAAGUCGUCAUAGCAACAGUGACUCUACUCCACCCAGCAACCCAGGGGACUGUGGAAUACCACCCCCCUACACCGGUCCCAAGGACCUGGCAGAGUUCCUGGAGCAGAUAGGUUGUAGCAAGUACGUUCCGCUGCUGGAGGAGCAGGAUAUUGACCUGCGAAUAUUUCUGACUCUGACCGAGAAUGACCUCAAAGAAGUAGGCAUCACACUGUUUGGUCCCAAGAGGAAGAUGACUUCUGCAAUAGCACGUUGGCAUAGUAAUGCCCGGCCACCAUGCGAUGCAUUAGAGCAGGUGUAUGCUGACAAACUGGAGGCUGAGAUGCAGGAGAUGGCCAUUCAGCUCCAUAAGCGCUGUGUGGAGGUGGAGUCCCUGCAAGGCCAAGUCUCUCAGGAGAAAGAACUGCGCACUGUGAUGGAGGGAUGUCUGAUGGAGGAGAAGAUGGCUUGGAGGAGAGUGCAAGCAGAACUGCGGGAGAGUGUUCAACAAAUCCAGACUCUGAUUUCCACACUACACACACUCCAAAACUCAAGCUCACAGUUUACACAGCAUGUCCACAGUGACGCUGGGAUGAUGGCUAAAGUAGAUGAUGCCGCAGCGUGCUCCGAGAUGCUCUCUAACAUGGAGUGCUGUGAAAAGAAACUAGCUGACGGCCUGAAAGCCUUAUGCCAGAAUCUACAGCAUCUCGUCACUCCAGAGAAGAGUUCCAGCAGCUGGCAAGAGGAAUCCUAGUACCUGCAUCAGCUACUUCAGAGUUUUAUGGACGGAGGGUGAAAACAACACCCUGAACACAAAGUACGCAGAGAACAGCCUGAGCUGGCCGGAGGAACACAGAAAGGGAAUAAAAGAAGAAGUGCAGAAGAGCAGAAAGCAGUGUUGGAUGAAGGGAAAGAGAGUAAAAAGGCUAGAGUAAGCGAAACAUCCUUUUUUAGAGAGGGCAGAAAAAUGACAAGCAGGUGGAGGGGCAAGGCCUCUCCCAAACCUGUGCUCUGAUCACGUGGGACUGAGUGCAUUACAGGAAAGCAGACCAAACCAAUACAAGACAAUCUUAUCUCAGAAAAGUGGAGUCAGGGGUUGCUGUAACUGUUCAUGAAUUGCUCAUGUGUGUUCACACUGGAAUAAGAUGUCAAGUGGACUGCAUCGUAUGCACACGUACACGUUCCAGUACUGUGCACUGCUUGCUGUACAAUCAGUCAAAGCUCUGAGAAUCUGCUGUCAGUCUUGUAAAAACAGCUUGCCAUUUAAAAUGUUGCAUUUUUAGUGUGUUUACAUGCAUUAAAAAAGUUGUGCAUAGUCAGUAAUUGUAUUUCUAAGUUCAUGUAUACAGAUUUCUCACUGUGCAAAAACAGACCUUGGCACCAGAAGUAAGAAGCGAGCAAUGCCCACAAGACGAAGGAUCGCAAUAUUAUUAAUCUGUUAGCUAAUGUAUGUUCAUAUUGCAGCUCAAUGUGUUUGUGGAAACUUUGGGUUUUACAUGAUGUUUUCAUCACAUCUUAUUAUUUGUUUAUUGGCUGGUUGCAAAGCAAAAAUCCCAUUAUUUUUCGCUUCUUCAUAUAUGAUUCCACAAAUUCAUGGAAAUGCAGUGAUCGGAUUGCUGUUCUGCUCCAGGUUGUGUGUUUGUUGGUGAUGGUCUACUCUGAAGACGGAAGACCUGAAGCACCAAACACACACACACGCUGCUACUUCAGUGUCAGCUCUGUGUUGUGAAUAAUCCCUCACCUACAUGAUAUCUGAUAUCUAAUAUCUGACAUAAUGGAUGGGGUUGUCUGAUAAAUUGUGCAUGACAGCAGAUGGGCUACAGUCUGCAACUGUACACCUGUAUAGUGCAACAGUAGGCUGGGGGGAGCUCAAGUGUGGCAAGUGUGUUUGUGAAUUGUUGCUAAGCAAAUUCAGAGAUCCAAUCUCUAUAUGGAUGUCCAUUAAAUUAAUCUUGCUUUACAUUUUCUCCUAUGAAAUUUACUUUAAAUUUGAUUGAAAUUAGAUUGUUCUUUCUAAUUGUAUUCCCUUAGCAAGCUCACACAGCUGGACCAGGUUUGCUUUUCUCUGUAAUGCCUGGAUGUUAAGCAGUGUUAAGCUUGUGUUAAACUAAGUUAUGCUCAUCUCUAGUACCAGACAAAUGUUGAUGCUGAAUCUGUAGAUUUGACACAGUUAUGAAUUUUGCAUUUAGAAAUAAUGUUUUUUUGUUGUGUUUUUUUUAACCUGCCUCGGGAUGAGGGUCAUUUUAAACCCAUUCCAAAACGAUUCUUCCCAUGAACUAAAAAGGGUAUGUUGGUUUUCAUUUAGGUAAUUUGGACACCAAAGGACUGUAGUCUUUACUAGAUUAAAAUAGACCAGUUGUUGAUGUUUUAUUUUUUUUUUUACGAUAAAUUCUGACUUAAUCCAGUUUCUUUGCAGUUCACUGAAUGUUCUGAGUAAUAAAGUAUUACUUUUCUGA